CUGCCCUCUGUGGAGAAUGGGAGAAAUGUGCUUGCACCUCAACCUAUGGACUCAGAGGACAUUCAAUCAUCAUCUUCCUCACUCAAGCGAGUUGGUUUCCUUCCAAUUGUAGCAGUACCAGUACGUCUGCCAGCUCCAGGUAGAGCUCCAGUGACCAGGAAGACCUCAGCAUUCACCAAUUCCUGCUGAAUUACCGCAAACAGAAAGAACUGACAGAGGGCAUUGGAAUAGAGGAUGAUUAUAACACUGAAGACCAAGAGGUCCUUCCCCUUGAGUGUGAGGAUGUUGAAGAUACUGGUAGUCCUGAUGUGAAAGCAGAGCUUCCCUCCCACCUCAGCAUCACUAAGGAUGUUAUGGAGCGCUGCAUUCAUCUGCUGUCUGAUCCCAGCCUCAGGCUCCGACUCAAGGUACUGGACGUGCUGGAGUUGUACGUUCAGGUGCUGAAUGACAGGGAAAAUGAACUGCUGCCUGUGGCUCAUCACUGCUGGCCAGCACUCCUGCAGAGACUCACAGCUGAUGACCCAUUAGCAGUCCUCAGAGCCUUCAGGGGUGUGGCUGUGGGCCAUGCUGUACUGGAGGCUGACCCAGAAAUUUGGAGAGCUAAAGCCCACGUUGGAUCUGGACCAGUGCAUGCUGAAGCACAGUGGAUGAAAGUAACAAAAUGUCCCACAGGCCUGCCUCUGAUUCACAGUACUCAUUCUUUCCUUAAUGCUGUGAUUAGACCUCAGUGCUGACUGAAUGCCAGCUCCUUCCUCCCUCCAGGUCUGUGUUUAGUAACUACAGCUAAGGCAUUGCCAGUAAAAUAAAACAGUAUU